AUGCAAUCCAUGAAAAAAAUUGACUAUAAAGAUUGGAUUCUUGGAGGAUUCGUUGUAUUUGGUGCAAGUGCUUUGCUUUAUUAUUUUAUUGAUAAAAAAGACGCUAAAUCCAAAGAAAAAGCCUUAAUUCCUAAAAAAGACCUUGAAAAAAUCCUGAAAGAUCUUGACAAUGAACUAUUAGGAGUUUAUCUUAAUUUAUCAGGACUUAUAAGAACUCUUAAAGAGCAAACUGGUAACAUUGACAAUGAGGAUAUAAAAGAAUUUGUGGACUCUCGUUUUCACAUUUCUAACAAAAUCCAAUCAAUAGCAAAUAAAAUCUACGAAAAACACUCCACUACAGAAGAAGCCGUAGAAAAAUCCUGCAUAAUUUAUGAGAAAACUGAUAAAGAUAUAAGAGAUCUCAGCAAUUUAAUCAAAAACAAUCUGGCCAGUGCAUAUCAAGGAAUAGACCCACAAUUAUCAAUAAAUGUACCGGAUUUCUUGACUGCUGAUUUAACACUAGAAAUACUUGAAGAAAUGUAUGCGACAGCAAGAAUGGUCAGCUAUGAAAGAAUUGAGGAAGUUGAAAAAAGAGGGAUCAAGCGGGAUCUUCAAAGCAAAGAAUUUUUGGAUCAGGUCAAAAAUAUGGACAGUUUAAUAGAAGAGGCUGAAUAUGAGCUGUUCCAAAAAUAUGGGCUAUAUGCAUUAAAGCAGGCACCUAAAAAGGUAAUUAGGGAUGCUGUUAUUAAAUACUCUCAAAUAGACCCAAUAUUCAAUAGGCAGGUAUUAACUAUUGAAGAGGAACAUAAAAGCGAUAUGGCAAUGAUAUUAAGAGGACAAUUUUCGGCAAAUAAAUUCGAAAUGCUAAGAAAUCGGUUACAAAAGGGAGAAAAUGUUGUCAAAGAAAGCUCUGAGGAGUUUAAAAAUGAGACUGAAGAGAAUGAAAAUACAAACAGCCAAAAAAUAGUUGAAACAGUUUCAGAUUAA